AUGGCGGUAGCGCACGACUCCCAUGGCGAUUCGAAACAACAGGUGGAGGGAAGAAUCGAACCUUCUUGCCGAGAAGGUGAAGAUUCUGGUUCAUGUGAACCCGUCCAGCCGAGGAAGGCGUCUAAUAAAGGUGGAAGCCGGGGCAUGAGUCGUGGAUUGGUUAAAUGUUACAGGCGGACUCAAAAGAGAAAGAAAGACAAUCGAGAUAGCCUGUCCGAUAUUGAUGAUUCUGAGGCCAAGAAACCGAGAAAAACAACUCAAACAAAGAAAGGCGCCACUGUCAAGAAAGCUGCUAAGACCGCAGAGAAAGUGGAGAUCAGGAAACCAAGCUCCAGAGUCAAUUAUGAUGCUCUGAAACUCCUAGAAAAUGAGUCGGAUCAAGAUCUUGAAACAGCUCAGAUAGUUUCCCCGAGUUCUUACGAUGGAACAGGCCAGGGCUUAGAAGCUGAUGAGGACAAUUACAAUGAGGAUGAACAUGAUAUUGGUUACAUCAAAGAUGACGAAACCUUUGAUGAUCCGGAUGGUGAUUACCGAUAUGGUGAUGGGCAUACUGACUAUGAAUAUUUUGAUUUUUGA